GAAAUAUUUCAUGUAGCUUUUUAUUAUAAGGGCGUUUUUUUUUUUCGUUUUGCUUCCAGUACUAAGCAAGCACGAAGCUGAACAGGUCCGAUCUCCUUUAAGCUGCAGCUAGAGGGAUUCUUGGCUUGAGAGGAGAGCUUGCAGGUGAAUGAGAGUGGCUGUUGAGAAUUUGGUGGAAGUGAGGUUGCAGAAAAUAUCUCCGGCGAGGGUGGGGCAAAUGUGGAAUUCAAUUUGCUGGCGGGAGAGUGAGAGUAGGGAUACGGAGGGAGAUGGGGUUUUCACCUGAAUAUAUGUGAGAGAAAAUCUUAUGCGGAGUGUACGUUCGAACAAUGAUCUAGAAUAGGACCAGGGGCCAUAAUAGUAGCCACCGAAGGUUUGCUCUAGUGGAAGAGAUCUUUAGAAAAACGUUGAACCCCUCUUAUUUAUAAUUUCUUUCCUAUUUUGUUUGCUGUCCAAUUUACCUUUAGAACCCUCUUGUUCCGCUUGUUUCCCAUUGCAAAAGCUCCUCAAAAGUGGAGGAGAAGGCAGUUUCAAAGAGCAGAUUUAUUUGCCUGAUAUUAAGGCAUACUUUGUGCGCUUCUUCCCCAUAUUUACAGGGCCAGAUCAACUAGCUAUAGUGGCCCAGUUCUUAUAUUCCAAAAACCACUGUAGUCAUGAGCAAUCAACCAAAUGUUCGUUGCACGCAUUCAUGGCACCACACCCCGGAGAAAAAGCAUCCAGAAGGAAAUCGGAGAAGCUAAAACUAGCCGCCGACAAUGAACAUGAUGUCGACGAGGAAGCCGCUGACCACCCUGAGCCCUCGCAUCUCCAAUCGAGGAAGAAGAGGCUGCGAUCCCUUCUCUCCCCUUUCAAAAAAGAGGAGCUUAUCGAUCUCCACGUCCAGAUAGGCACCAAAAUUCCCGCCGCCGCUAAAGAAAUCCGAGACGCAGCGAAUGCAAAUCCUCAAAACCGCAGACUUUGUGUUCGUUUCUUAAAUCCGACGACCACCACAGAAACUCUGUGCGCAGCCUUCUCCUCAUUUGGUGAAAUCCAGCGCGGACUUGUUAUCCUUGAGAGGAAAACAGGGGAAUCCCGCUGUUUUGGUUUUAUCACAUUCAAGGACAUAGAAUCUGCUGAAGAAGCACUGGAAACCCCACCGAAAAAGAUUGACGGUUAUGUCAUUGAGUGCAAUCAUGCUUCGGAUCGAUGGGCCAGAGCAUCGAAAAUAAUAUGCGUUUCAGGCUUGCCUCCAGAUGUAUCAGCUAAAACUUUGCGCAGUCAUUUCUCACAGUAUGGGGAAGUAAAAAAAUGUGAGGUUAAGUACAAGAGCAAAACAAAGAAGUCGAAGGGAUAUGGAUUUGUGACGUUCAAGACGAUUGGGGGAGCGAUGCGGGCCAACCGGCCUCAAAAAUUCAUGGGGGAAAAUAGGAUAUAUGUGCGGUACUCAGAUUGGAAGUCCAAGGAACCAAAAAUUCCGCGCAUCAUGCAAUCUGAGAGUACUUCUGAGAGUACUGCGCCCCCGCCGGCCCGGCCGUCCCCGCCGCUCCAGCCGCCCUUGGCGCCGAGUUAUGUGGCUGGCGCAUACUAUGGGCCAUACGCCUUUGCCGGACCUCAUCAUUUUGGUGCAGAUGAGGCUCACCCAUACUACGGGCCUUACGCCAUUGUCGGACCUCAUCAUUUUGGGGCAAAUGAGGCUCACCCAUACUACGGGCCUUACGCCAUUGCGGGACAUCGUUAUGUUGGUGGAAACGAGGCUUAUGGAAUGGCUCCAUGGGGAACAUCAGGUUAUCCCUACCACUAAUUUUCCUUACCUAUUCAUUUUGUUUUUAGGGUUCGACGUUGUAGAAUAAUGUGUGUCGCUUGGCGGCGCGCUACUCCUAGAGAUAAUUUAUGACCGCUCUGAGUUUUUGUUGGUUGGAUUAAUUUCAUUCUUUGUUUUGCCACUGGUUGCGUGCUAAUAAAAUGGUAAUGCUUUAAAACCGGAUCGAUUUAGC